AAUCAGAUAACAAUAGCGAUAAAAUCUUGUGUUGUCUGCCUGUUAACCGUAAAAUUCCUAAUGUAAACCAUUCAUUUCAAAUUAUCGAUAGGAAGGAUACGUAUGCUCCUGAAAAGUUCAAAUUUUUAAAAGCCGAAAUGAGCCAAAAUGGUGGAAGCAUUGUUAUUUUAUCUUCUUUGGUAAUUGAAGAUUUAACUGAAAAGAAAGGAGCCUCUAUUGAAAAAAAAGAAAAAU